CGUGAUGCGGCCCCGGCUCCGCCUCCCCCGCUCCGCCGGCGCUGGGAGCUCCCUUCGCCUGUUUGCCCUUAUUUAAUUUCGAGUGUGAUUUUGCUAUUUUUAGCAGCUGGAUCCCCUCCAAUCCGCAGUCGCCGCGGGCGGGGGGUCCCUUCGCUCCGCAACACAGACCCGCCGGGAAAAAAACAAAACCAUCGAAAACCGGCCCCGAAACCCACGGCGAACGCCCGGCUCCGGGAUCAAGCUGACUACGAUGAGUGAAUCCAGCGCCAAAUCCAGCCAGCCCCUGGCCUCCAAAGGGGAGAAAGACGUCUCGGAGAAGAGGGGCCGAGGGCGGCCUAGGAAGAAGCCGCAGGAGCCCAGCGAGGCCCCGACCCCCAAGAGACCCCGUGGACGGCCGAAGGGCAGCAAAAACAAGGCCACCACAAAGGGCAGGAAAGCUGCAGUCACGCCAGGGAGGAAACCUCGAGGGCGACCCAAAAAAUCGCAGCAGGACGAGGAGGAGGUGAACAUUUCCCAGGAGUCAUCCGAGGAGGAGCAGUGACACCUCCCGAACCCGGCGCUACCUCAUCGCCCGACGGCCCCGCGGCGGCCGGGGGAGAGGGGUGGGGAGAGACCCACUGUGCCGCCCUGGCUUCCUCCUCCUCCUCCUCCCUCCUCCGCUCCCUCCUCACCCUCAGACAACGGCAGCACUGGAAAAUGGCCCAACCCGGGCGGCCCCCGCAGCCCCCGCCCGGGGGGGCACUGCCCCAGCUCCCCCUCCCCAGCCCUGGGCUUUGGGCACCCCACUGGAAAGGGGGAUCACGGCAGAGAGCCGGGCUGGCACCCCCACCUUCGCUGCCCCCCGUGCAGUGAUCUCACCCCGCCAAAGUGGGGCUGGCUGCCCCCCCAGCACUGGGCUCGGCAGGGAAGAGACGGGGGGGCAGUGAAGGUGAGACCCCCCCC